UUCCUCCAAACACUCGGCUCGGUUCAAGGAAAUUGCUCCUGUAUGCACAGACUGUCGGCCCGCCUUUCUAAAAUGAACAGUGCAGUGCUCACGCUGGUGGCUGGUCUGCUCUACAGUCUAUAAUUUGCUUUAAAGAGGCAAUGAAGGACAUUGUACUUGUACUACUGGUUCUGCUGAAUGCCCACACUAUCAAGGUGUGUUCUCAGGGCUAUGAGGCGAACUCAGAAGGAAACUGUCACAACCAAUCAAGAGUGUACAAGCCAGAUGAAUCUAACCUGUGCUGCAAGAAAUGUCAACCUGGAUGGCAUUGGAUACAGGACUGCACUGGAACUACUGACACUGAGUGUAAACCGUGUGAAUCGGGCCUGUUCACAGAAAAUUGGAACUACGCUAAAAACUGCCGCUCCUGCAACAGAUGCAAAGAACACAAAGGUUUGAUGUACGCCCAGAACUGCACCUCAACCACACAGGCCAGGUGCAAGUGCAAGCCCGGGAUGUACUGCACAUUAGGAUAUGAAGACUCGUACUGCACAGAAUGUAGGAGGUACACUCGAUGCAAAGUUGGUUUUGGAGUAUCUGUGCCAGGGACAGAAAGGUCAGAUGUGAAGUGUGCACCGUGCCCAGAUGGGACGUUCUCUGACACCGUCUCCUACACGGACCCCUGUCGGCCUCACAGAGAUUGUCAUGGGAGGACUGUUGUUAAAAAAGGCAACACGACCUCAGACAACGUGUGCGAACCUGCGGAGGUCACACCCACUGAGCCUCAAAUCACAACAAGGGAGCCUCACGUCAACACUGUGCACACAACGGCGACUACAAUGAGGGCGAUCUCAGACUCCACGCUGUCUGUCACAACAUCUGUACCCAACAUUUCAAGCACAAUUACAGGAUCUGACAUCAAGCUGAUCGCUGUCAUUGCCGGAGUCAUCACAGUCACUUUGCUGGUCAUCAUCAUUAUUAUCAUCCUGAUUUUCAUCUGUAAACCAGUCUGGAAGAAAGACCCUGAAGAAUUUCACCCCAAAGUCGACGCAAAUGGAAACUGUGAGAGCGGCGAUAAAAUCAGUCAGGGUUGUUUGGGGGAAACUCAGCUGACCUCAUUCACAGUUACCUCACCAGAGCAACAGUGUCUGCUGGAGAAAGGGGAAGCCUGCAGUGACCACAGUCAGUCAAGCAACAACACUGAAACGUUAACCAGAACAGACGGCAGCAGCAGCCAGGACUCCAUCGGCCCCUUGCAGUCCACUGUAGCCAUUAACAAUUUACACUCUGCUCUGUCAGAGCCCUUGACUUUAAUUUCCAACCCAGAGCCCAUCACACCUCAGCCCAGCAUCCCCUCACAGUCCCCCUCUCAGCCCACCAGCCCGCACAUCAUCAGCCCCGUGACCACCAGCCCGCAUGUCAAUGUCAACAUCACUUUCCACAUAGGGAACGGGUCUUGCGGGACGCCAUCUGUUGUGCCCACAAACUUGAAGGAAGCAGACUGUACGCUCCCUUUUGGGGAGGAAGAGGAGUCCUUUAGCAUCCCGCAGCAAGAGGAUGGCAAGCAGUCGCUGAUGUCAGUACAGGACAGUGAAAGUUACAGCGUAUGAGGAGUGUAUGUGUAUGUUGUGCUUUUUAUGAAGACAAGCAUACACCUCUGCUGUGUUUCCAUAUCAUACUAAUGUAACUGUGAGUGUAAAUAUAUAUGUAUAUACAGAAUAGUGUAAAUAAAGAUGUGAAUAUUGUCUCUCCGUUAA